AUGACGACUCGGAGGGACAUCCAAGAUAUUAUAGGCCUACCUGGCGGCGGAGACACGCCCGCACCCAAGAAGCGCGCGAAGACUGCUGGACCAACGAAGAAGCUGCAUGGCGUGAACCGCGAAGUCGCAGCACUCUACGGCGAACGCCCUCCCCCGGUAGCCGUUUACGAAGAGAAGAAGACAUACCGAGCCAAGCGGGCGAACCUGGGGCCAGUGAGACCAUGGAUACAACAACCUUUCACGAACCCAGCCCGCAGCGACGGCCUCGUCCUCAAGCAUUGGAGGCGCAAACCCACGGCACGCCCAAAUAUUGAAAAUGGCGGGGACACUGCAAUGGAGGAUGUGGAUAACCAGUCACCACAGCUCGAGACGAACUACGAGUACGCGCGAUUCAAUGUCGAUGUGACGGUCCCCUCCUACACCGAUGAAGAGUACGAGACACACCUCCGGAGCAAUGAGUGGAGCCGUGAGGAGACAGACUACCUCCUCGAACUGGCUAAGGACUUCUACCUGCGAUGGCCCGUCAUCCAUGACCGCUACGAAUUCCAAUCCACAAAGGCUGAGCCCACCGACGACGCCGUGCCCGCGGGGGAAAACACGCUCGAGAAUCCAACUGAUGCUCUCUCUACUCUCCCUUACAACUCCAACUUGCCCCGCGAUCCUCGCUCCAUCGAAGAUCUCAAAGCGCGCUACUACUUUGUGUGGGAGACGACGCUGAAACUCCACCGACCGCCCGAAGCCAUGGAAUCCAGCGAAUUCGAGCUCCUCGAGGUGCUGCACAGCUACAACCCCGACUCAGAACACGUGCGCAAGAGGAUCGCGCUUGCCCUCAUGAGCCGCCCACUCGACGAAGUCAAGGAAGAAGAGUUCCUCCUCGCCGAACUCCAGCGCAUCAACAUCGCCGCCAACCGCCUCGACGCCGAGCGCGCCGAGCUCCGCGAACGCCUCGAAGCUCCCACGCCCCAGCGCGACCUCGGACCCGCAGGGCCCCUCGCAAAUUUCCAAUCCUCCCAAGCCCUCACCGCGCUCUUCCAAACCCUCUUCCAACAGGACCGCUCCAAGAAGCGCGCGUCGGGCAGCGGCCGCCUCAGCCUCUCCGCCGGCGACAUCAUCGGCACGCCCACGGCCGCCCAGCAAGCCGCCUACAACGCGGCCGCCGGCAACCGCAAAGCCAGCAUGGCGCACCCACCAGUCCCACAGCCACAGCUGCGCGCCCUUUCCGUGGCCGAAGAGCGCCGCUACGGCGUCAGCAACCACGACCGCCUCACGUCCGGCGUAUCCUUCGGCUCCGACAAGCUGGUCAAGAUGCGCCAGGCCAAGAGCGGCGUGCAGACGCAGAAGAUCGCGAACGUGCUCGCACAGCUCGGCUUCGGCGACAUCAUCGCCAUCCCGACGGCGCGUGUGGCCGCCGCGUUCGAGGGGCUGGUCGCCAAGGUCGGCAAGCUGCUCGACCUGCGUAAGGUGCGCGAGAAGGAGGAGAACGAGGUCAAGGUGCUCGAGGGCAUGCGGGCGAAGCGGUUGGGCGAGGAUCCCGCGGCUGCUGGAUCUGCGCCGCCGCAGCAUGGCCGCGAUAGCACAGAGACGCAGGAGCGCGAUAUGAAGCAGGAGGAGCGCGAUGAGAGCUUGAUGGGGCAGUCGGUGGCGGACUCGAAUGCCGGGGCCGAGACAGUGUAUGCGGAUGAUGGGGAAGGGGGGGAUGAUGCCGAGGGAGACGAGGACGAUGCGGAGGGCGAGGAGGACGCGGAUGGCGAGACGAAUGCGACGAGCACGAGGCAGGUUUCUGAGGCGAUGAGUACGAGGGCCGCGACGACGCCGGCGGCGUCGGUCAAGGCGGGGCAUAAGCGGAGUGCGAGUGUGCUUAGUGCGGGUAGUACUAGGAGUAGGGCGAGUACAAAGAGGGCGAGGAAGUGAGGAGUGGUGGAAAAGGGUGGUGGAAAGGGGCGUGGGCCUUUUGGUAUGACUUAUGGCAUCUGGGUAGGUUAAGGGUGGUGUUAGGGUUUGACUACUGCAUAGCGAUGGCGUUUUGGGCUUUGGGAUAGAUAGGCAGGCAUCUCAAAACAACUAGAGGACUGUUGUAGGUCCUUUUCUAUCAAUAUCAUGAGAUUGG